UAUCUGAAAUGGCAGUGCCCAAUGAAAAAGGCUAUCUCACACUCUCACAGGUUUGAGAGAGAAGGCAAAAAUGGCAGCUUCCUCUGCUAACCUCUCGCUCCUCUCCAAACCUUCAACAGCUUCGUCACCACCACACCUUCUCUUUAACCUCCCUAAGACCCUCUCCGCCAAUCCCCGACCCGGAACUUCCCGGUUCAAAUGCUCGGCCGGGCAGACCGGGUUCUUCACCCGGCUGGGGCGUUUGAUUAAAGAGAAGGCCAAGAGUGACGUGGAGAAGGUAUUCUCGGGCUUCUCAAAAACCCGCGAGAAUCUCGCCGUCAUCGACGAGCUCCUACUCUACUGGAACCUCGCUGAUACAGACAAAGUCCUCGACGAACUCGAAGAGGCUUUACUAGUGUCUGAUUUUGGGCCAAGGAUCACCAUUAAGAUUGUGGAGAGCUUGCGGGAAGAUAUAUUGUCGGGAAAGCUUAAGUCAGGGAGUGAGAUUAAGGAUGCAUUGAAGAAGAGUGUGUUGGAAUUGAUAACUACGAGGGGUAGUAAAACCGAGCUUCAACUCGGAUUCAGGAAACCAGCCGUGGUUAUAAUUGUUGGUGUCAAUGGAGGUGGCAAGACAACAUCACUUGGAAAACUGGCCUAUAGACUGAAAAACGAAGGGGCCAAGAUACUGAUGGCAGCAGGUGAUACUUUUAGAGCAGCCGCUAGUGAUCAGCUGGAGAUAUGGGCUGAGAGGACUGGGUGUGAGAUUGUUGUGGCUGAAAAAGAUAAGGCUAAAGCAUCAUCAGUUCUUUCACAAGCUGUGAAAAAAGGGAAAGAACAAGGUUUUGAUGUAGUUUUAUGUGACACAUCUGGACGUCUCCACACUAAUUUCAGUCUGAUGGAAGAGUUGAUUGCCUGUAAAAAAGCUGUGGGGAAAAUUGUUCCAGGUGCACCAAAUGAGAUCCUGCUAGUUUUGGAUGGGACAACUGGUUUGAACAUGCUACCACAAGCAAGGGAGUUCAAUGAAGUGGUUGGAAUUACGGGAUUGAUUUUGACAAAACUUGAUGGUUCUGCCAGAGGUGGCUGUGUGGUCAGUGUGGUUGAUGAGCUUGGCAUCCCUGUAAAGUUUGUGGGUGUUGGAGAAGGUGUUGAAGACCUUCAACCCUUUGAUGCGGAGGCCUUUGUUAAUGCCAUAUUUUCAUAAAGCGUAAAAAGUGGCCAGCAAAUUAACCGGUUUUUCUCUUUACAAUUCAGCAGCAGCGCUCAGCAUAAUAGCAAAGACACUAUAAUGAAAGCAAGCAAAGCAAUAAAAGAUAAAAGAGAGCCCGAAGUAAAGAGGUUAACCUUGAGGCCACUCUUUUAAAGAUGCAUUAUUAUACUAGAGUGUGAAGAAGUGACCUGGGGCUGCGGAGUAAAAUAGCUGUUGUUGAGACUCUGCACACAAUUCUUUUCUGCUUUUUGUGGCUGACAGUGGUGACAAUUUGGUCUGUGUGAGAGAACAGAGAAUCUCUAGUUGAUCACUAGUUUAACUUAUUUUUUCCCAUGUAAAAAAAAGAGUAAAAAUAGUACUACUGAUAAUGUGAAAUUCAUGCAUCAUUGUUUCCAA